CUGGGGCCGGAGGCGCCCGAGCGCGCAGGGGAGGGGCCGGGAGCGGGGCCCAUGGGGACCCGUUAGCGUCGGGGAGGGAUCGCCCAGCGCCUGCGGCCUUCCCCGGCGGAGCGGGAGCGCUGGCUGCCGCCGGGGCGCGGUGGGCGGGGAGGGACGGGACGGGGGCGCCGGCGCCUCCCGUGAGAUUUUGAUUGCCCUUCCCCGCCCCUUCCCAGCCUCACCUCCCUUCCCGGACCCUCAGAGAUUUUUUUUCUGCUACCUCAAACUUUUUGGACGAGGAAGACCAAUGGAACUAUAUGAUUCUUUGAACAUCUAGAGAUCAUUCCAGUGUUACAGCAGAACCUCCAACAGCAGUCAAACUGUAUCAUCUUGCCAAACUAUGGAGCCCUGUGCCUCUGAUGAAUUUUUUCAGGCUCUCAACCACGCUGAACAAACUUUUAAAAAGAUGGAGAACUAUCUUAGACACAAACAGCUGUGUGAUGUGGUGUUAGUUGCUGGUGAUCGUAGAAUUCCAGCUCACAGAUUGGUUCUCUCCUCUGUUUCCGACUACUUUGCAGCAAUGUUCACUAAUGAUGUAAGGGAAGCAAGACAGGAAGAAAUUAAGAUGGAAGGUGUGGAGCCAAAUGCAUUGUGGGCUCUGGUUCAAUAUGCAUAUACAGGUCGCCUUGAAUUAAAAGAAGAUAACAUUGAGUGCCUGUUGUCUACAGCUUGCCUUCUUCAGCUCUCUCAAGUUGUAGAAGCAUGCUGUAAGUUCCUAAUGAAGCAGCUUCAUCCAUCUAAUUGCCUUGGAAUCCGAUCUUUUGCUGAUGCACAGGGUUGCACUGAUUUGCACAAGGUGGCUCACAAUUACACUAUGGAAAACUUCAUGGAAGUAAUUAGAAACCAAGAAUUUCUAUUAUUGCCAGCCACUGAAAUUGCAAAGCUUUUAGCAAGUGAUGACAUGAAUAUUCCUAAUGAAGAAACUAUACUGAAUGCACUACUUACAUGGGUUCGACACGAUUUGGAACAGAGAAGGAAAGAUCUCAGUAAACUCCUGGCUUACAUUAGACUGCCUCUGCUUGCUCCACAAUUUCUGGCAGAUAUGGAAAAUAAUGCACUCUUUAGGGAUGACAUUGAAUGUCAAAAACUCAUUAUGGAAGCAAUGAAGUAUCAUCUGUUGCCAGAGAGACGACCUAUGUUGCAAAGUCCUCGCACCAAACCUAGAAAAUCUACAGUGGGCGUGUUGUUUGCAGUUGGAGGAAUGGAUGCAACAAAAGGGGCUACAAGCAUCGAGAAGUAUGAGCUUCGCACCAACAUGUGGACUCAUGUUGCAAACAUGAAUGGACGAAGAUUACAGUUUGGAGUUGCAGUCUUAGACGAUAAAUUGUAUGUUGUUGGUGGCAGAGAUGGGCUGAAAACGUUGAAUACUGUGGAAUGCUACAACCCUAGAACAAAAACUUGGAGUGUAAUGCCACCUAUGUCCACUCAUCGUCAUGGUCUCGGAGUAGCUGUAUUGGAAGGUCCCAUGUAUGCUGUAGGAGGACAUGAUGGCUGGAGCUACCUGAAUACAGUAGAAAGAUGGGAUCCACAGGCUCGCCAGUGGAACUUUGUAGCUAGUAUGUCAAUUCCAAGAAGCACCGUUGGUGUAGCAAUAUUAAAUGGAAAGCUUUAUGCAGUUGGUGGUCGAGAUGGAAGUUCUUGUCUUAAGUCAGUAGAAUGUUUUGAUCCUCAUACAAACAAAUGGACCCUCUGCGCUCAGAUGUCAAAAAGAAGAGGUGGUGUAGGUGUAACCACCUGGAAUGGGUUCUUGUAUGCAAUAGGUGGUCACGAUGCCCCAGCAUCAAACUUAACAUCCAGGCUGUCAGACUGUGUAGAAAGGUAUGAUCCAAAAACAGAUAUGUGGACUGCUGUGGCCUCUAUGAGCAUUAGCAGGGAUGCUGUGGGAGUAUGUCUUCUUGGUGACAAGUUGUAUGCUGUUGGAGGAUAUGAUGGUCAAACUUACCUUAAUACAGUGGAGUCUUAUGAUCCCCAGACAAAUGAAUGGACACAGGUUGCACCAUUGUGCUUAGGAAGAGCUGGAGCAUGUGUUGUGACUGUAAAACUGUAAAUUACGUUCUCUAUGAAGGUGACACUCCUCUGUACUGGGGCGAUUUCUUACUCUCUCAAGCAAACUACCAGUGCUCCAAUAAACGCAAGGUGCAGGACAUCUACCACGGCGACGUGUGUGCUCUCAAGCCAACAUGUACAUGUUGUUCUUAUGGACCAAUAUUAAGCACUUUUUAAAAAAUUGUCUUUGUUAACCUUAUAUUACAAGAAUUCUAUUUGUAUGAAAAUCAGCUGCAACCAAUCAGUUGCCAGCAGAGGACUUCUGUUUAGGAAGUGCUAAGAAAUGAGUAAACUCAUUAGUCACUCGUUAUAACAGUCAAAUGUUACACAUCCAGGCCCUGGAUCCCCCAAACAUGCAGAGGGAUGAUGCUAUGAAUGGAUGUAUUUCCACCAAUAUAAUUGAGUCUAUCUCUGGGUGAAACAAGCUAUAUGAUUGGACACAGUAUAUUUAAUUUAUGUAUAGCCAAACAUGUUUAUUAUAGGCAUCUGAGCUAUUACAAUGCAGUCUGACAAACCAAUGCAAACCAUUGUAAAUGGCAGGCAUAAUGCCUGCCUUGGAAAUGAAGGUGUGUAUUUGGUGAAUCUUUUGCACUUUUAUCAUCGUUCCUAGUUUAGCAAACUUUUUAUUUAACCAAAGCCUUAUUUUAAAUAUUGUCUUAUUAUGCUAACAGAAAUCUGCUGUUUAAUAGUUUCUGCCAGAGUUUCUUGACAUCCAGUGUACCACUUGGAUUUUCAUUUUUUUAUGUGAGAUGCAGAACUUCAUACCUUUUUCUCUACUUUGGCUCUUAUUUUUUACUUUGCUAUUUUCAAGGAAAAAUCUAUAAGCGUGAGUUAUUAGAAGAAUUCUAAAGUGUGAUUAAAAGUUAACCAAAUUAAGUUUAGUACUUGCACUUUGGAUUGAAGCAUUCCAUUACAUCUAAACUAAUUACAUUUUUACAUGAGGCUUUGCACUAACUUGUAAAGUAUAAUUUUGUAAGAUGAAAUGAAACAAUUGUUUAUCUUUCCAGUAAGCUUACUUCAAUAUGUAAAGGGCCCGGUCCUGCAAGAUGCUUAACUGCCUUGUUCAGCAGCAGGAGUGUUGUGUGCCUCACAGGAUUAUAUCAAUUACUUUAUUUAAGUUAGCAAUUUUUUUGGAUCCUUUAUGAUUUGCUUUUUUUGAGCCCUUAUCCUGUUACACAGGAUCAAUUUGAAUGGUCUGAAUGUUCUCAGAAAGUGUUUUUAUAUUUGCUUUUCUGUGCCUUGUUCCUCGUUUUCGAAACAGUCGGUCAUGUGUGUUUGUAAUGGAAAAGGGGACUUCAUUUGACUGCUUCUCAAAAGUUUGGAGCGUCUGAUACACAAACUCUUUGUACAUUUGUAACUUUAAUUGUAUUAAUGCUCUGCGUGAAUUAUUUAUUGUUUUAAAAGAAAUUACUAAGCAGUGAAACUUUGUGCUGAAACCCGCGCUGUUUGCAAGUGAAUACAACUAAACGGA